CUUUUAAUGCAUUAAGAGAAGAAAACAGGGGAAAAACUUGCUUCUUAUCUACUGCCAUACAUACUAAGGUUAAAAAAUGUCUACCGCCACAGAUUGAUGAAAAUUUCUACCCAUUUCCUACAGGCUACCCCCAUGGCCUGUGCAUUAUCAUAAAUGUUUAAAAAUUUCAUGAAACCUAGAGGAGAUCAUGAUAAUAUACCUCUGAAUGAGCGGCAUGGGUCAGACAUUGACAAACAGCGACUCACAGGCACAUUUAAGCUAUUUGGGUUCCAUGUCAUGCAUUUUGACAAUCCCGACUAUGAACAAAUAAACCAGUACUUCAAAAGGCUUCGCGUUGAUGCUCGACUGGCUGUUAUCUCCUGCUUGGCUGUAUGUGUUAUGACUCAUGGAGAUGAACAAGAUCAGAUCUACCUCCAUGACCGUUCUUGUUUGUCAGUUACUGAUCUUAGAAAACUUUGUUCUAGUCGGGUUCUACUUAACAAACCUAGACUUUACUUCGUUCAGGCAUGUAGAGGAGAAGAAGCCUUAAGACCAAUAUUUCUACAACAAGAUGGCUCAGUUGUUGCUCACCAGGAGAGUGACUGCCUCAUUUCACAAGCAACAGUAAGAGGAUACUCUGCAUUUAGGAAUCAGAUGGAAGGUAUGUUUGAGAGGUGUUUCUUGAAUAUUCAGUUUUAUUACUGUAUGUGAACACCUUGUUUUUAU